AUGUCUUUCAAACCCCCAUCUUCAAAUGUGUCGAUAACCAUCGAUGGCCUAGGCAAAUUCGACAGUUUCCAUUAUGCAAACGGCGUUGAGCAAUUAUGCGGUACCCCAUAUGCCACCCCGGCAAAACAAUGGGGUCCGACUUCUCGUGAAAGAGUUGAAAAGGAGCGGGGCGAUGAGACUAUUCAACACUACUCACGGUUCAAGCUUUUGUUAGCUCUGGGCACGAUCGAUCAUCUCUGGGAUAAAUAUCUUAAGGUGAUGGACUUUUUGCUGAUGAAGCGGGAUUAUAUCGGAAAGGGCGAAAGGUGGAAAAUGAAUAGGGCUGAUGGCGUCAGCGCUAUUUCAUGGUUGCUCUUUUCUAAGGAUUGUUUCUACAUCAUUGCAGCGCAAAACAAUAACAAGCAUUUGUACGAUUAUAGUUAA